AUGGACAAGAGACAAUGGGAGGAGUUCAUGUCUGGUGAUUGGAUGUGGACACAAGUGGAUAUAAUUUCUUGUGAUUCAGACACACAUGUGUCAACCUUCAUUCCAAUCAUCCUUGGCAGUGGCAAGAUGACUGUGUCAGUUGCAACUGGUAACAUAAGCAACAAAGUCCAUCAUGCACAUCACAACAGUGUCACUCUCAUCACUUUCCUUGCAAUCCCACAUACCCUUACAUUCGCUGAUUACAAGGAGCAAGUCCUUCUGGCAUGUAUUAGUCAUGGACAUGCAGAAGCACUGAUUGAGGAGUUUGAUCUCAAGACCUUAUGGGAUGUGUGUGGCAUUGUGGGUGAUAUAAUUCUGUUCACCAGCAGCUGUCCCUGUGCCAAUAUAUACCAACUCAUCACCCCUGACAUACUACACCAGAUCAUCAAAGGGACAUUCAAGGAUCAUUUAGUUGAGUGGGUUGAAAGCUAUUUGAAGACUGGGCAUGGCACAACAAAGGUGAAUGCAAUCUUAGAUGAUAUUGACUGGAGAAUCACAGCCAUUGUGCCUUUCACAGGGCUCCAUCGCUUUCCUGAGGGCCACCAUUUCAAACAGUGGACUGGCAAUGAGCUCAAAGGUGCUAAUGAAGGUUUCACAUACCUGGUCCAUCACAAUGUCUUCACUGAAGAAACCUUGGUUGCAGUUCAAGAUACCAUUGACUGCUUUCACAAGUACUGGGAAAUAUUUCUCCAAUUGGGAACCAUUCAAACCUUUUCCUUACCAUGCCAGCAUGUGAUGAAAUGCUACCCUGAUCUUAUACAUUUAUUCAGGGCACUGAAUGGACUUUGCACAUCAAUGACUGAAUCAAAGCAUAUCAAUGCUGUGAAGGACCUGUACCAGUGGACCAAGCCGCUGGGCCAAAUGCUCAUCAUCAAUCAGCACUUAGAUGAAAUGAAGUGGGCCAGAACUGUGACAGAUCUUGCAAUUGAACUCAGUCUAUUGUGUCUCCCUACCAUUUUGGAGGAGUUCCUGUGUCAACAAGCCAAUGCUGAAGACUGCUGUGAUCUCUGCAACAUUCUACUAUCUGAGCACCCCAUCUACAGCAACAAAAUCACUGUCAUUGAUGUUAGAGCACAGUAUGCUGUCCAGUCGACACUGAGGCUGAAGGGGAUGCAAGGUUUGGACAUUGUGCAUAUCCUUGGGUUUUUUUCCUUCAUUUCCCAAAGCAAGUGUUGCCCAUGUGCAGUAGUGCAGUGGUUUCAUCAUGUUGGGGAUGACCCAGGGAUGUGGAUCAUAUGCCCAGCCCUUACUGCAGAUUGUCACCCAGCCACUGCUGACAUACACAUAGACAUCAUAUAUUGUGUGGCACACCUUGUUCCCUUGUAUGGCACCCACCCCAUUCCCAGAACCAUAAGGCCACAUCAUUCUUAUGACAUAUUUACCACCUUCUAUAUGAACAGAUUUAUUGAUCAUCAUGCAUUUUCACUUUUAUCAGAUUCAUAUUUGUAG